CACUCUUGGUUUAUCACGAACCAAUGCGGUUCAAGCUUGGUUCAAUCCAUAGAUGCACCGCUUCCUCUAGUAUGGUCCAUACUCCGCCGCUUCGACAACCCAGAAGCUUACAAACGGUUCGUCAAGAGCUGUACGUUGAGUGUCGAUGACGGUGGAAUAGGGAGUGUACGUGAAGUGAUGAUCGUGUCGGGGAUGCCGGCAGCCAUGAGCAUGGAGGGGUUGGAUCAAUUAGAUGAUGACUUGCAUGUUAUGAGGGUUAGCAUUGGUGACCAUAAGCUUGUGAAUUACCGUUCCACUACUAGUUUGCAUGAAAUUGGAAGUGAAGAAGAAGGGAAUGGCGGGAGAACGGUGGUGGUAGAGUCGUAUGUGGUGGAUGUCCCAGCGGGGAAUAGUAAAGAAGAUAGAUGUUCGUUUGCUGAUAUGAUAAUUGGAUGUAAUCUUAGGUCUUUAGCUAGGGUAACAGAAGGAUUGGCGAAUUCAAACAAUUUAUGACCUUUACUUUUUUCUUUUUCUUGAAUAAAGCUUUUCGUGUCACUUUUUUUCUCCCUUAUUUAUAGGAGAUGAGCUACAAAAUAAUAAUUUUCUUCCCAAUUCUUGAAACCCUUUCAUGGGUUCUUUUUGGGGAGGGCGAUA